AUGACAAAGAAGAGAAAGUCUCGAGCCAGGAAAUCUAGUGUUUCGAACGAGAUUUCGAAGUCACAGACGUCGAAAGGCAGAAAUUUGUUGUGCGUCCUGUGCAAAGGUACUCACCAUCUUGAGCGUUGCCACAAGUUUAGAGCUCAGAGUCUUCAGCAGAGGAGAGAUUUAAUAAAAUCUAAAAGAGUUUGUCAUGCUUGUCUCAGCCCAGGACACUUUGUAAAUAAUUGCAGAGGGGCCCAGAUGUGCGGUGUUGAAGGUUGCCAAAGAAGACACCACCCUUUACUGCAUUCUUCCGAAAAGGAAGUCAAACCUCCCCAAGCAGAUCCUGGAGCAGAAUCUGGUUCAGCUCCUGAGAACAACCGGUCUACGCAAGAUAUGCAAUCUGGCGGAUCUAAUGUAUCUGGUGUUGGUGCAAAAAAUUCCUCAUCUCGCAGCCAUCGUAUUGGCCUUCAAGUUGUUCCUGUCAGGGUCAGUGCACCUUAUGGUAAUCACGUUAUUGAAACUUAUGCGUUUUUGGACAGUUGGUCAAACACGACUAUGUGCUUGUCCAGCUUAGCUGAAAAUGUUGGUGCUGAUUGUACGCCUGUUGAGUUUAGCUUAUCAACUGUGUUAGGAAACCAGAAACGAAAUGGCCAACAAUUGUCUCUCGAUGUUGUCGGAGUAGCCACUGGAAAGGGUGUUAUAUUAAAUAAAGUGUGGACAACCGAUAGUUUACCAGUGGCCCCAGGGAGCAUUCCAGCGACUAGUGACAUGCAAGAUUGGUCUUAUCUUAAGAACGUUGACAUUAGUGAUUUAGUGGAUAAGAAGGUAACCAUUUUGAUUGGAAGUGACGUCCCGGAAGCUCUUUGUCCUCUUGAAGUACGUGCGGGGAAGAAGAACCAACCUCAUGCAAUAAGAACAAUUUUAGGUUGGACGGUGAUGGGACCUCUGAAGGGAAACAGUUAUCAGGAAGCCCAGUUAAACUGUAUCCAUGUUGAUCAAGCGCUCGGUUGCAAAGAAGACGUGAAGGGUAUGAGUUCUAUUCACGAGCAAUUAGAAAGUCUAUACAACUCUGAGUUUAGUGAAUCGACAGCCGACCUGAAGGAAUGUCUUUCGAUUGAGGACCGUCGUGCGAAGGCAAUGAUGGACAGUUCCGUUAAACUUAAAGAUGGGCACUACGAGAUUGACCUUCCGUGGAAGUAUAGCGAACCAACCUUACCGAAUGAUAGAUCUAUGGCAGAAAAGAGACUGGGCUAUUUGAAGAAAAGACUGGAGAGAGGUCCCACCCUUCAUGCUAAAUAUAAGGCGACAAUGGAGGAAUACAUCUCGAAGGGACAUGCCAAGAGAGUUCAAGCGGACCGUGAAUCACAGUUCAACAAGACCGUGAAGCGCUGA